UUUAAAUGAACGGAUUAGCGAACGGAUUAGCAAACAAGCGCCAAAACUCUCUCUAAAACCAUCAUGAUGGUUUAAUUGGAUUUUCAGGCUGGUCUUAAGUAUAUUUAGGAUGGUAAAAGACCAUCAAAAUUGUUUUUCUUAAUUGGAGUGGCCUAUCGUAGUCUUUAUUUCAGCUCUUUAUUCGACAGUCUGAGAUCAUUGAUUCUUAAUUAAAUGUUCUUCUCUUUGUAAGGCCACUCAAGUGCGUUCAGCCACUUGUAAUGUAUAACCUGGCGCGUAUCAUGUUCUUACACACCUGACAGACGCCAAACGGAACAAGAAAGCAAAUUAAUUAUGUAGUACGUCAUUUAAAAGCCAUUACUGGCGCAGCUAUGGAUGUGCGCGUGCCUGCGUGUGAGAGAGAGAGAGCGCGAGAAAUAGCUUGCGCGUACACGCGCGUCCCGGUUGCUUAGUUACGCGGCGUUGAUCUACUGCAGAAGGUUACUCGAGACAAAAACAAACCAACGACAGACACGUGUUGAUUUGAAGAGGGUCGUCGGCCUUUGUCAUGUAUAUUAUGCCAUGAAUAGACCAUCUGGAGAACCUUAUCUUACAGAGGAAGCGGCUUGCAGUCAAUUUAACGAGGACUUUAUUUUCGCCUGACGUGUAAGCAUUUGACUCUCGACGAGCAAUUUUUGGCGAGAGUCACCUCGUCAUGGUAACCAUCCGAAGUUAAACAAUAAAGUGUAUGUUUCCUAGCGCUCACGCUCUGUGUGAAUAAGAGUUUAUGAUAUGAACUGAAUAAGAAAGAUAAAACCGUAAUGUGGGGAAGAGAGAGUUUUUGUAAAAGAAAUGGACAUGACAUCCAGGAAUGGCCGGAUGGAUGUAAAUAUGAAGGAGAAUUCGUGAAUAACCUGAAGCAUGGCACUGGUGUCUUCGCAUGGCCGAGUGGAGAGUUCUACAAAGGUUCAUUUUUUAAGGAUUAUCGCCAUGGGAAAGGCCUGUAUUCCUGGCCUGAUGGAUCCAAAUACACAGGAAAGUUUUAUUUGAACCGAAAAGAGGGAUACGGAAUACAGGUUUUCCCAGAUGGAUCAACUUUUGAGGGUCUGUAUCACGCUGAUGAACGCUUUGGCCCUGGGGUCAUGACUUACCCUGAUGGGCGGCAGGAUGUGGGUCUUUGGCACAGAGAGAGGUUACUGCAACUCUGCACCACACUGGAGGGCGGCUUCAGUCUCGAGGAUUUCCCAGAACACAUGAGCAGACUGCCAAAGACACACCUGAAACAACCUCAACGUCCUCUCGAUGUGGAGUCAAGCAGAGACACCGAUCAGGGUCUGUCAGACGUCGAGGACCGUUUCAUCCUGCCUCCAGACAUUGAGAGAUAUUCCACAGAUUCAGACCACCUGCCCGUCCCCAGGAGUCUACGCCAGGAACUGGACCUUCACUUUUUUGGGACGAGUGACAUCAGCACAGAGCAGCAGUCACCACUGACAGCCGUACCGCUACAGCAGCGCAUGAAUGCACAAAUUCAGAGACACAGAUUUGAGACAGGCACAUUAGACUGGGAUGUCGCAGCAGUGCUGAAUAUGACCAGGACUCCGUUUGGACCCAAAGGGCCCUUGGAGCUGAACUCCGAGAAGCUGAUCAAGAAAGCUUCAUGUGGUGAAUGCAGGAAUGUUUACCGAAUUCUCCGAGAUGGAAAAGUCCAUCCUGACGUGAGUGACGCACGGGGACAUACGGCUCUCAUAGCAGCCACGGUCAACUGUCAUGACGAUGUCAUCCACAUGCUGCUGGACAGCGGGGCCGAUGUAAAUAAGUUAAACGAGGAAGGCAUGUCUGCUCUGGCUGUCUGUCAUGUCCUCUACUACCCUCUUCAGUCUUUACAUGAGACGCUGGCUGAGAGAGUGACACAGAAUAUCGGCCCUGAGCCACAGAUCAAACCUUUGGAAGACGUCUCCCAUGAAUCUUCUUCAGAUCCAGUGACAGGAACACCCAAAGAUGACCAAGAGACAUUUGAGACGCCAAGAGAAAGCAACCAAUUCGACCACGGUCUUGAACCAGAGAACCCCAAUGACCUGGAGAAACUUGAAGCUCAAGUAAAUGAGGAAAUAAAUGAAGAUGGGAUAGUUCCUCAGCCUGAUCAACUCGAAGGUUUCAGCGACUCUGAGGAACCUCAACUUCAUUAUCAGAUCAAUGAAAAUACAGACCCAAACAAGGAGAUAUUCCUUCAGCUUGAACAUGAAGAACCGCAUGCUAUGUUCAUGUCAAAAUCUAUUCAAGUCUUUGAUGAUAAAAUCCCAUUGGGUUUAGUAUCAUGGCGAGAGAAGGACGCAAAGACAGAAGCUGAGUCAGAGCAAGAGAUGAUAAAUCCGGAGACUGAUGAAAACUUGGAGAGGAGCAUCAGGUCAGAUGAUCCUACCUUUGAUUCUGCAUGUUCUAUGGCUAGUUUUCAAAUUGACGUCACAGAGGAGAUCCUGCAGAAGAGUGCUGAGAUCCUGUGCCAGACCGCAACAGUGACUCCAACAGACACCCAGGAGACAGUCCGGAAAAUUGCUCUUCUGAAAACAGAACACCGGAAUCGAUGGACUACUCUUAAGCUUCUGUUGGAGAGAGGAGCAGACCCAAAUGCCUCUACCGUCCCCAUGCCUGUCAUCUUCCUGGCUAUCAAAGCUGCCCAUGUCAAGGGUGUCCGUCGUCUUUUGGAGUGUGGGGCUCGUACAGACAUCUCUCUACUUCCAGAGCAAAAGGGUCUGUACCCCCUUCACAUAGCAGCGGGUUUAUGUGGAGCAGAAGGUCCUGAGAUCACAGAGCUUCUCCUGCACGCCCUGGCAGAUCCCGAUGUCAAAGCUCAGGAUGCCCAUGAAGUCUAUGAGCUCGAUAAGGACACAUUUGAGUCCCAGACCUUUAAAAAUCAGCAUCUCAUGGCCCCUGGACCCGUGGCUAAAUUCAGUGGAGCCCCUAAUGAACUUCCUCAGGAAGGCGGGAGGACACCACUACAUGUGGCCUGCCAAAGAGACAGUGAAUAUACAAAUGCUAGAGAUGUGGUGGCACUUCUCCUUUCUCACAACGCAAACCCCAAUAAUGUGUGGAGUGGCCAUUCACCCCUGUCUCUGGCCAUUUCGAGAGGCAACGACCUUGCUGUGGAUGAACUGCUCGCUGGAGGGGCUGAUCCUAAUCUUCCUCUCACUCGUCAUGUGGGCAGCGCUCUCUGUGCCCUUGCCAACAUCAGCUACGACCGUGGGCCACAUCCACGCAACCAAGUCAAGCUGCUGGAGAAGUUGAUCAAAGCGGGCGCUGACAUCCUCAUGCCUGUGGUGGUGGGCGAGGGCCGCAGGUGCGCUGUGGGAACAGUCGUGGAUUACGCACACUGCGCAUUCCAACAGAACCAGCGCAUGGCCCACACCCCGUACCAUGCCCUCAACAAGCAUGAGAGACAAGUCUAUAACACCCGCCGGCAGUUGCUAAGCCUCAUGGGAGAUCUGCUGAGACAGGCGGUGAUAAGAAUGGAGAAGGAACGGAGCCAAGAUGUACUCAGUGUCAGUCCCACAGAGAAGCUUCUAUGUUCCGGAUCAGGAAUGACACCGAGUCUGCUGAGCUCUCCUGAGGAGAACAACAGUACCCUCUUCAAUAAACGCAUCAGUCAGAGAGUGCAGAGAAAGCAACGCUUCAAAUACUGCUAUGAGUGCGGCCGAUCAGUGGGUGUGCAGCUGUCGGCCUGUAGCCGCUGUCGUGAGGUCUUUUACUGUAGCAAGACCUGCAAAACCAAAGCGUGGGAUGAGCGCCACAGAGACGAGUGUGUCCGUGUGCCAGCAGUCAGUGGAAAAAGCUUCAGAGAUAAAUGUGCAUCUAUCGGACCAUGUUCACCUCUGUCCACCAAAGACACUAAAGGCAAGACCUUCCACCUGAGCUUGACCCCAGAAAUACAGGAAUAUGACCCGAACGAGAAUUACAGCUUUAUUUAGAACAUGUUUCAAAGGCCAGUGAAACUUAGCUGUGUAAAAUGUUACAGCGUCACAUUUCAAAAUGAAAAGAAUGAGACUUUGACUUGUGCAAGUUCACGGUCUGGUAGAAAUGAAAAGAAAUGAUUAAAAAACACACAAUUUAUUUGAACAAAUGUGCAUGUUUAUUAUAUAAAAUAGACCAAAUUUAUAAAGCCAUACCUCAAAUAAAAUGCUAGUGCUGAAAUAUGACAAAAUCAGAUGUUCCAUAAUCCACAUCUCUGAAUGGCCUUGUGUGCUCAAUCUGUCACUGUCAUAUGAAACACAUUACGCUUGUGUUUGAGUCCUUCUCAAGGUCCAUUCAUUGAGUCAUGCAAUCGACUAAGAGUGUGCUUUUCAUUUAUAUCGGACAACCAAGUACAAAAACAAACCUCCCUGUGACAGAGAUCGAACACUGUCACGUACAUUCUCAACCGCGUUUAUGUACCACAACUUUUUACAUGUUGUAUCUGACAAAACCAGGUCCUUGUGCAUUCAGCUCUAGUUGUGCUUUAAAAAAAAAUCAGAAACGUGUAGAUCAUUUAACACCUUUAAAUGCAACAUUCAGUGUCUGUAUGCUGAUAUAGUGUAAGACAUUCUUCUAGGAAUGUUUUUUUUUUUGUCUGAUCAAACAUUCCAAAAAAUCGUAACAUUGUGUUCGUAUAUCUGAUUCAGCUCCUUGGAAUUGUUUUAAAGCGUCACUGUCACAAGUCUAAUUAAUCAUAUUGCUCUGGAAUCGUGAAAUUGUCACUGUGCCUUACGAGCUUUUAUUAAAAGUAACUUUUUAUUUUAAAAGUAAAUUCUGUAAAUGACCGCAUCCCAUUGGCUUUGGCUAUAAUGAAAUUCCAUUCAAGGCAAAUCAUAUUCAAGGCUGACACGUGCUUCUAUUUAUCUUGCCAUCAGUGCUGAAAAUACUCCAGAAGUGGCAUUACAAAUAUGAAUUUGUACGGAGCCAUGAGUUUUCAAAUGCAGGUUUGCAUUGGGUUGAAAGAAGCAAAUAUUUUUUUAAUUCAUGUCCUUCAGACACUAAUUGUUUUACAUUUAGAUUUAUUUAAAGAUAGUUACAUGUCUGGGUCAUAUUUCUCACCAA